GGGAAGACUAGCUGAGUCAGAAGUCUGUGAAAAUCAUCAAGAAAAGGGAGCUGCCUGAGAGUCAGGAGACUCCCUCCCUCUGCUAUUCUCUCCCUGAAAGGAUGGAAUUAUCAGGAAGCUAGAGGAGGGGGCUAGCUUGCUGAUCCCUCUGAGCCAGAGAACCAAGGGCGGAGAAGGCAGGUCCCUUGUGGCUCCCUGCCUUGUCUCAGUUGCUAGAGCUGUCAUCUUUUGUAGGAGAAACAGAGAACCUUGAAUUUAUGUCUUGGAACCAUUAGCAAUGAUCUUUUAGAACUCCUUGAGGAUGGGUGAGGCCUCAGAGGACUGAAGAAGGGCAAGCAAUAGUACAUAUCUUUUAAAAAGCGGAACAAAGAGGACCUGAGGAAUUAUAGACCAAUCUGCCUAACUUCAAUACCUGGAAAGAUACUGGAAGAAAUUAUUGAACAAUCAAUUUUAGCUAAGCCUGUACUGAAGAUCCAUUUUACAGUUUUUGCUUUAAAGUGAAGAUCAGUAUUGAAUGAAGGCAUAUUUCGUAAGCCUGCCGUACAUCAGAAUUUUCUUUUUCUUCAGACCCAGAUUGACGAAUAUGUGAUAUGGAAGAACGUUUUAACAGAAGAAUAGACAAAGUCUCAGCAGUUGCUACGACCUCAACAGCACCUUCAUACCUGGUCUCGCCUGAAGUUCUCCGCAAAGACCACGAAGAUGGACCCACCACCUUUUGUACCCUCAUCCAUAAGGUGUCCCACUUGAAACUCUCCAACACAGGCAGCCUUUUGGGUAUCAAAAAUCUCUCCUCUGCAGUGAAGGAGCUUGCUGUCUCCAAAUUGCAGGGAAGCUCGAGUGCUUCUAGCUCAGCAGCAGGGGCUUCAGAAAACACAUGUAACCUUGUCUCUGCCACUCCGUGUUCUCAGCAGGACAUGAGCAAGAUGAGUACAGGAAAAAAAACACGGUCAGAGGAAAUGCACCUGGGAGGUGAAGACUGGAAUCAAAGUAGCAGCUUUGUCAAUAAACCCUCCCGAGGGUGGCUGCACUCGAAUGAGAAGAUCCUGGGACCUGGUGUGACGUACAUUGUGAAGUACUUGGGGUGUAUAGAGGUCUUGCGCUCAAUGAGAUCUCUUGACUUCAAUACAAGAACACAGAUUACAAGGGAAGCAAUCAGCCGUGUUUGUGAAGCAGUACCUGGAGCCAAAGCAGCCUUCAAAAAAAGAAAGCCACCAAGCAAAGUUCUCUCUAGCGUCUUGGGAAAGAGCAAUCUUCAGUUUGCAGGAAUGAACAUAACUCUGAAUAUUUCCACCACCAGCUUAAAUCUAAUGACUCCUGAUUCAAAACAGAUCAUAGCAAAUCAUCAUAUGCAGUCUAUUUCCUUUGCCUCUGGAGGUGAUCCGGAUACAACAGACUAUGUUGCAUAUGUCGCUAAGGACCCUGUUAAUCGCAGAGCGUGCCAUAUACUGGAAUGCUGUGAUGACCUGGCCCAGGAUAUUAUCAGCACCAUAGGGCAAGCAUUUGAACUUCGAUUUAAGCAAUAUUUACGGUGUCCCUCUAAGAUACCUGCUCUCCAUGAUAGGAUGCAGAGUUUUGAUGAACCUUGGAUGGAGGAAAAUGGAGAGCCAGCAGAACAUCCCUAUUACAACAGCAUUCCUAAUAAAAUGCCUCCUACUGGUGGCUUUAUUGAUGCUAGAUUCAAAACUAGGAUCCCAAAUCCAGCAGAUACUGCUCAGUCUGCAGCAGCAGCAGGAAGAGAACAAACAUACUACCAGAGUCGACACUUCGGAGACAAAUUCAGUGAAGACUGGCAGCAUGCUCCUGUUAAACAAGGGUCCUUGGACAUUUACAGCGUGCCAGAAGGGAAGCCUCAAGUAACCCCAACAGGAGAGGUGCCAGCUUAUGUGAACACCCAACAUAUAAACAUGGAAGCUCUACUUGCACUUCAGGCAGAUGCUGCAUUCAGUGGAACAAAAGAGUGUACCAAAGACAGCAGUCCAAGAAAAGAUCUGUUUGAUAUGAAACCUUUUGAAGACGCUCUCAAGAACCAGGCCACUGGGCCUGCGCUGAAUAAGGCUCCCUCGGUCGAGUGCACCAGUCCUCCAUUACCCAGAGCAGCUAACUGCACUAUAAUGAACGAGCUGAAUACAGAGCCUUGGUAUCAAGGAGAGAUGAGUAGGAAAGAAGCAGAACAGCUGUUAAAGAAAUGUGGAGACUUCCUGGUCAGGAAAAGCACCACAAAUCCAGGCUCCUAUGUGCUGACUGGUAUGCACAAUAGACAAGCCAAACAUCUUCUUUUAGUGGAUCCGGAAGGAACUGUUCGUACAAAGGAUCAUGUAUUUGACAGCAUAAGCCAUCUCAUCAACCAUCAUCUUGAGAACAAUUUGCCAAUAGUUUCCGCUGGAAGUGAACUCUGCCUCCAGCAGCCAGUUGAGAGGAAACAGUGACCCAUGGUGACAUGUUCAGCAUUUGUAAGCUAUAACCACUGCAGUGGACACUGCAAACCUGGAAACAUGUACAUUAAAAAAUACACACAUCUAUCUAUCUAUCACCAAUAUGUUUUCUUGAGCUUUAAAAAGCCCCAUCUCGUAUAG